UUUUGUAUUUCAGUUUUACGUGCGAGGUUUUUUAUUGGGAUAUAAAACUGAUUAACGCUUCAAGAUGAUGAAAAUGCAAAUAGCAAACGAGAGUGACCGAAAGGAGGCGCAGAAUAGAGAAAGGCGGCGACAAUGCGAGCUGGAGAGAAGAUCCAGGAUCUUCAACGCAAGGAAUAGGAAGAUUGGCGUGGAUGUACCGUUCCUAGAGCGGCAGAUAGUAGAGAAGCGAGCGGAGCUGGAUGAGCAGAACAGAAAGAACCUGGCCUUCGCCACGCAGAUGAUAAAGGACAGCAACCUGGCCGUGGUCCUGGAAGCUAGGGAAAAGGAGGAACGCCGUCGCAUGGGAAUUGAAAUAGAUUCUUACCGUCAAAGUUACCAGCGUCCUGAAGACAGACGAGAAUUCGAUCUCAACGAUCCUGAUGUACUGAAAAAACAACUACCACCAAGGGCUUCCGACGGUGAACCAGUCGGCAUGUCGAGUGCGCAGAAAUUUGAAGGAGAAGACCUGAACUUCGAAGAGCGCCGCAAGAUAAUGGCCGCUCAGAAGAACGCGUGGUUAGAACAGCAAGUUCAGGAGCGACAGGGAGCUGAAGAGGAGAGAAAGAAGGCUGAGGCUGCAUACAUGAUGGCAAUUAAAGCGCGCGACGCCAGAGCUAGUGAGCUGGACAAGAUGGAAAGAGAGUGUCGCUACCGGCUAGGCCAAGCUAACCUGCGCUAUAACGAAGCUUUGGCCGCUGAAAAGAAGCAACUGGAGCAGAUAAUGAAAGAGCAAGAAGAGGCUGAUAACACGGCAGAGAUGUACAACAACCUCACCUCGGACAUGCUCACAGAAAACCCCGAUGUUGCCAAGAGUGCGCUCGGAAAAAAUAGGGCAAUCGGCUUCAUGUACAAGGGUAUGAACCAAGAGGAGCUGAAGAAGUUCUACGCUGCUCAAAAGGAACAAAUGAUAGCUGCGAAGGCUAAGCGCGAGGCUUUGGAGAAGAUGGAGGCUGAAUGGCAGGCGCUGGCCAAGUCUAUCCAGCGAGAAGUGGCACGCCAGGACAUCGCAGACAAGAGAAAGAGACGUGAGAUGGCCCGCCAGCUAAUGGAAGAGAACCAACUCCUGGCUCUGCAGCAGAAGGAGAAAGAGAAGUACUACAGGGAGGUGGUCAACAACAACACGCCGACCGACGAGUAUUACGCGCAGUUUAAUACUACCACCAGAUAGAUGUGUUAAUGACAGAAUUUUGACAAAGGGAAUUGGAAUGACAGUUCAUUCCAAUUUUUGAUAUAGGUAUUAAUCACUUGAAAUCCCUGUGGACAAAUUUGAUUUCAAUUUGAAGUCAAAAUAGUUAUAUGAUUUUAAACUUUCGCGUUACACGUAGAU